AUGCGACUGAACCUACUCGGCCCCAUGCUCAAGGUAUCACUUGAGGGGAAGCUUCUGAGGGUUACCCAUGCAUGCGACAGGUGGGCGUGUGACGAGGUGACUUUUGAGUCGACUCAAAAGCUUCUGAGGGUUACCCAUGCAUGCAACAGGUGGGCAUGUGACGUGUCGGUGCGGCGUCACCUGCUGGCGGAGGAUGCCUUAGUGCGCCUCAACCAGCUGUGGCCCGUGGUUAAGGGACGUGUGCGUGUCUCAUUUGUGAAUGCGUUUGGAGCGGAGGAGAUAGGAAUGGACCAGGGCGGACUCUUCAAAGAGUUCCUCACUGACCUUGCUAAGGCAGCCUUUGACCCGGGCUACGGCCUGUUCCUCCAGGCGGCCACAGAAGAGGGUUACCUGUAUCCACACCCGGCAGCAGCGGCGCUGGGCCACGGCAUUCCCAUGGUGGAGUUUCUCGGCCGCAUCGUGGGCAAGGCUCUCUACGAGGGGAUUCUGCUUGAGUACAACUUCGCCCCGCUCUUUGUGUCGAAGCUCGUGGGGAGAUACGCCUUUUUGGACGAGCUGUCUUCUCUCGAUAUGGAGCUGUAUCGCAACCUCAUGUAUUUGAAGCACUAUGAGGGGGAUGCCUCUGAACUGGCAUUGGACUUCACAGUGACUGAGGAGGUGCUGGGCGAGCACAAUAUCGUGGAGCUGCGGCCGGGCGGCAGCCACAUCGCAGUGACCAAUGAGAACAAGCUGCAGUAUAUCCAUGCUGUGGCUGAUUACAAGCUCAACCGUCAGAUGGCAGCAGUGGUAGCAGCAUUCCUAAGGGGCCUCUCAGAUCUGAUUCAGCCCGAGUGGCUGCGGCUGUUCAGUCCAAAGGAGUUCAACCAGCUGCUGUCGGGAGGAGAGCAGGACGUGGACGUGGAGGAUCUCAAGGCACACACGCGGUACUCUGGGGGAUACACUGAGAGCGACCGAACCAUCAGGAUGUUCUGGGAGGUGGUGAAGGAGUUAUCAAGGGAGGAGAAGAGCCAGCUGCUUAAAUUCGUGACAAGUUGCUCGCGACCCCCGCUGCUGGGCUUUAAGCAUCUCAACCCGCCCCUCACCAUCCACAAGGUCAACGUGGAUGCGUCCAUGUGGGCUACACUAGGAGGGCCCGAUGUGGACUGGCUUCCCACCGCUUCCACCUGUUACAACCUGCUCAAG